UGGGUAUGCAAAUGAGGGGAUAACCAAUCGUAGGCGUGAAUGCUUGUGUGUACAUACAAAGUUAAACAUCUUGGAGAUGCUAGGCAUAAUUCGAGACUAAGUCGCCAACACUAGUCUUCCCGGUCACAGCUCUUUGCAACUCCUGGAUAAACAAUGGGAAAGAGAAACAGCAAGCCGAAAAAACUAACUGACGAGGAAAUCCUCGAACUACGCAAGACUACUGAGUUUACCGAAGACGAGCUGCAGAAAUGGUUCGCUGCUUUCAAGAAUAACUGUCCGAAAGGGAAAAUGUCCCAGUCGAAAUUUUGUGAGAUGUAUGCAAAAUCUUACAAGACUGGGGAUGCGUCCAUUUUUGCGGGCCAUGUUUUCCGCACGUUCGAUAAAAACAACGACGGCACUAUAGAUUUCAAUGAAUUUAUCCAGGGUCUCUCCAUAAUCUCUCGAGGAAGUAAAGAGACUAAGCUGAGGUGGGCAUUUGAGAUCUAUGACUCCGACGGAAGUGGGGAGGUAAGCAAGAAGGAAAUGCUGGAAAUUGUGCGAUCCAUAUUUCGACUAGCAGGCGAAGAAGUCACUGCUAAGCUACCAAGAGAUGAAAAUACUCCGGAGAAAUUCACCAGUAAAUUAUUUCUGAAGCUAGAUGGAGACAAAAGUGGUUCCAUCAAUCAAACCGAGUUUAUCAGAGGAGCGCAAUGCUAUCCGUCAUUUAUGAAGCUACUGGAGAACCCUGCAUCUGUAAGAUAAAUCAGGCACACGGCAACAGUAACGUCUAGAAUUGUGAAUUUUUAACUGCUUGAACUGUAUGCGAACGCUUGGUCUUGUUAUGGUGAAGGUGAUGUUCGGGAGUUACCAAGUUUAGCUGCGGCGUACAGUUAUCCAAGACGGACUUCCGACUUACUGCUAGUUUAUCCUUCCCUGAAAGUCAAUCACAACUUGUAACGCAACUGCUAAACUUGCCUUCGGAAGAAAGAUUUCAAGCAAGCAAAACACCAUACGAAAGGCCAGAACGUAGACUCUGAUCUAGUGAUGACUUCUUUAUAUUUGCAUGGCUGGCUUAAUUGAGAUAGUCAAAAAAUUGAUAAUUUUAAUAUGGAAUAGGAAAUUGGAAUGGGAGGGCAUAAAGUAGCGAUCGAUAAUUUUAACAGCACGGAAUAUAGCGUAUUUAUGAGAAAUUUCUCGCUAAUUACUCGAAGCGCGCUCCCCUAGACUUUAAUUUACGCGUAGUAUUUCUCGCGGUUUGCAUUAACAUGCACUUUUACUGCGUUAUGGCCCGGUAAAUGUCCAAAAAGGACUAACCCAAAUCACCUUUCAAUGUAAAGAUCAAACUGAUAUCGACUUUAAUCCCUCGGUCCGACAAAAACAAAUACUAGAAAAUCAUAAAUCUGUUGGACAUUUUUACUUCUAGAUAAAAUAUUAAAUGAUUUACAUAA